CCUAAGCAUUCUCACAAUGGACGGAAAUUCUGGAAUUUUGAGCGAGGGAAUGAUUCUCCACGCGGGGAAAGCCACCGCUUAGAGGUCAGUGACAAGCAAUCUUAAACCAAGCGGACCCAAUGUGUCGUGCUGGUAGCAUCAAUGACUUCCUCCCUCGAGCAUAUUGACACUUGUGUCCCGGUCACUGCGCUCAAGGCGCUGGCUUUGAAUGACGUAAAGCUCCUUCUUCAGAGCCAAGGGACCUAUGUCCGGCUCAUACACGAGGAAAGCGGACGUCUGCUCGCCGACUUGAAAGUGUUCAAGAGGAAUCAUGUGCACGGAAUCGUUGCGCUCGGUGGGCCAGAACAGGAACAAAAUGUAGAGUUUGUUGCCUGGGGAGGGCAGUCCGUGCGAGCAUUCAGUCUAAGCUUCGAUGACAAGGAGCUGACUGCAAGCAUACAAGCUUCAAGUCUAGAGUACCUGGCGCCGGAUUGGAUCUUGGCCGGAUGCGCGCCUGACACGCAUGGUGAAACCGAAAAUGCUUACAUGCUCACUGCUCAUAAUGCUCUCUUGGGAGUCCAGCUUGUUCGACAGGCCGGGGCUAAGUACGACAAGAGCAUCGAGAUUCGUCAACUUGUGGCUGGUGUGAAGUCCAUCCUUUACUCGGCGAAUGUUCUUUCGCUGUCCGAAAGCCAUAUUCUAGUGGCUGCUGGCACCGUCUUUGGUGAGAUCAUAGUUUGGUCGUGCUUCUUAGCUGAGGAUGAUUCCGCAAGUGCGAGUGGAUCAAUCCAUCAUUUUUUCACGGGUCAUGAAGGGUCGAUUUUCGGAGUCACAAUUUCUCCUUUGAUCCCUCGUUUGCACGGGGAUCUCGAUGGGCGACUAUUGGCUAGCUGUAGUGAUGACAGAACCGUUAGAAUAUGGGAUAUCUCUGACUGCGAGCGCACUUCUCGUCACGAUACUCCCGCCUAUUCGACCGACGGAUUCGAACUGCGCGGCACAGGAUUUGGCGCUGGAGUGGACGACAACGCGCUUGGGUCUGAGUCGAUGCUCGUGAGUGCAUUCGGCCACUUGGCCCGUAUCUGGGGUGUCCAUUUCUUGCCUAUCAAGCAAGGCCCCGGUAAAAUAAAUCUGCUUUCGCGUGGUGAAGAUGCUACAUGCUUGCUCUGGGAUUUGACCUGGGACCCAUCCUCGGUAGACAAGCCCCAGUUUCAACUUGUUGAGACCAUGUCCGUGCGUAAGCACACGGGCAAGCAUAUCUGGUCCCUUGAGUUGCGUCACACCAACACAAGUACAUUGGUUUAUACGGGUGGUGCGGAUGGCGCUGUGAAGAGCUUCACCAUCGAAACGCAUGACGAUGGAGAUGUGACUCUGCCCAAUCUUCGUAACCGAAUCGCCACGUCGAUCGAUGCUGGAAGCCACGAACCUCGUGUUGAAACCUCGACUAAAGGGUUUGGAUUUCUCUCGCAGGGCUCGUUUAUUGCCACAACUGUGAGGGGUGAAAUCCAGAUCGGACGAAUUGGCACUGGCAGCUCGAGUACACAGCAUAUCUUCAAAGAGACUCUGACAGUCGAGGAAGACUUGCGCUCUUAUUCAGUCGUUACGGGCUUGCCACAGAGAAGUAUAGCUCUUCUGGGCAACGCUCGAGGCUUGAUACGUCUGUAUGACCACAACACCGGAAAACUCACUAAAGUGGUUGAUGCUGGCCAAAGGCCGGUGGGUUUGUACGCUCUUACGUAUCAACCUAGCACAGCCGAGACAGCUGCGCAUUUGUCAUUUGUUGCAGUUUACCCUAAAGCUGAAAAGGCCGACCUGUUCUUGGCUACAUUGCCAGACGGUGCGGAGCCAUACGUGGAUAGGGUCAAACUUGAUCUGCCUCACGGCUUCAAUGUGUCGACUGCAGCCUUGAUUCAUAAUGACCAGUACCUUGCACUCGGAUCCAUGACUGGUUCAUUCGCAGUCUACCCAGUUGUAGCCUCAGAUGUUAUCCAUCCGGUGAUGCCUUCGUGCAAGGUACACGGCCGCGAAGGGCUCAGCUUUAUCACUUCCUUUGCGUCACUGUACGGGGAGAGGGGGUCAGAACUGCCAUAUUUCAUGACGUGUGGUAGGAAUGGAACCUAUAGCAUUCACGAGCUGGUUUUUUCGCCAGAUCGGGAGCCCUCGGUUCUAUUGCGAACACUCCACUGUUCUUCUCUUGCAUUCAACUGUGAAAUAGCAGGCGCCUAUAUCGACAGCGUCUCCCAAGAUCUGAUGUUUUACGGAUUUCAGCCAAUGGACUUUGUGCUUUGGAACGAGUCCGCGCAGACAGAAGUCGCUCGACACAACUGCAAUGGAGGUCGACGAUCGUGGGCGUUCCAGCCCAGCCAAGAUGUCGCCUGGGCGGGAUCUUUUAUCUGGAUUCAGUCUGGAUUGACUGCACUGUCGAUACAACCUGACGCCAGUCGAACAUUGCGCUCUGGAAGCCAUGGCAGGGAAGUCAAGGAUAUGUGUGCCACCCAGAUCUCAGAUGCCUUGGGUCCAUUAUUCGCGACUGGCUCAGAAGACACCAACGUAAGGAUCUUCGCCCCUCGAGACCCACAGUUGGAGAGUCGCUGGGGUGCAUUUAAAUGCCUCCGACUUUUGAGAAUGCAUCAUACCGGACUUCAAAGCGUAAACUGGUCCAAAGACGGCCGCUUCCUCUUUACCAGCGGCGGCUAUGAACAGUUCUUUGUCUGGCGGGCGUGCUCCAUCCCUCUGUUCGGCCUGGGAACCAUGCUAGUCGGGGAGUGUCCUAAGAGUGACCCAAACUCCGACCUCCGAGUGACGAGCUUCGAUGCUUUGGAAGUAGACGAGGGAAGGGCGGAGAACGGAUUCCUCCUCUGCCUGACCUAUUCGAAUUCCACUAUUAAGAUCUUCCACUACUCGCCGAACUCUAAUGGUUGCUUUAUCCUCCUCGCGAGUGGAACCUACAUGAGCAACUGUCUAACCCAGGCCCGAUUCAUUCUCCGAGGGUCUACCUUGAGCCUUAUCACGGCUGCGACCGAUGGAUAUUUCACCCUCUGGAACUUGACUUCGGUUGUGGAGCGGUUCUACACGAUUGCCUCGCCGCUCAUUCCAAAGCAGGCGAUCCCCGGCGCAUCGAUUGCGCCGGAGACUAUCUCCUGCGAGAACCGGCACCAAGCCCACUGGAACAGUGUCAAGGCCAUGGACCUGGCGGAUUUGUCUGACACCUUAGCUCUGAUUAUCGCCGGCGGAGAUGACAAUGCGGUGACAGCCACUCUGAUGGACACCUCCGGCGCCAGUGAUGCGUCAUACACCGUGACCAUCCCCGACGCGCAUGCAGCAUGCAUCACCACGGUUCGAAUUCUCAAGAGCCUUCUCGACCAGGGCGACGGGGUCCGUAAAUACGCCGUUGCUUCCUCGGGCAACGACCACCAAGUCAAGAUUUGGUGGAUCGAGGUGGAUGCCAACAAGCACGGAGCCGAAAGGAUCCGGAUCAGUCUAGCGGCGGAGAGGUACAGUUGCGUAGCAGACAUUUCGUCGUUGGAUGUCAUCAAUGACGAAGAGUCGGAUACAGCCAAGCUGAUUGUGUGUGGGGCGGGCAUGGAAAUGUUGGACCUCCGGCUGUGAGGGUGGUUCCUGGACGAUUGGAUGGGGAUUGCACAUAUACCUUGG